UCAGUAUAUUGUAGAAUCGUCUUCUAAAUGUUUUGAAAGAAGGAAAACAAUGACCUUAAAGUACAAUUAAGUGUCAUAAGCUGUAAGAAAGAGGUUAAUUCUAUGACUUGGAUGGAACAUCAUUUUGACUAAAGUAAUAAAUUUGGACUUAACCAGUUAAGACUAGUAAUACAGCUUGUAAACAGGAGUGGUAGUCAAGAAAUGGAGUCGAACAAGUCCGAUUGUCUCGACACGUCAGGUCUCAAGUGGUUUAAUGGUGCAAGCAACAUUCCUUUACAUAUAUGUAUGUUUACACUAGACUACUGGCAGUUGGCAAAUAAUGAUUGGAUAUGGAUUGUUGUUGUUGCUUUUAUUAUUGCAUUCAUUCUUGCCUUUGGUAUCGGCGCCAAUGAUGUCGCAAACUCAUUUGGAUCAUCAGUUGGGGCCAAGGUCUUGACAUUGAAACAGGCAUGCAUACUCGGAACUAUAUUCGAAAUUCUAGGUGCAGUUUUAAUAGGAGCGAAGGUAUUGGACACUAUACGAAAAGGUAUAAUAUUAAUAGACCUAUUCCCAAAUAGUACAGCGGCCGAGUUUAUGGUGGCCGCACUGUCAGGAUCAUGUAUAUGGAUGUUGGUGGCUUCGCUCCUGAAGCUCCCAGUGUCAGCAACACACAGUCUAGUUGGUGCGACAAUAGGGUUCUCCCUUGUGGCUCACAGUGCUAGCGGGGUCAACUGGAAACAGCUUAGCUACAUCAUUGGUUCCUGGUUCGCCUCACCCCUAUUAUCUGCUGGCAUCUCUACACUUCUCUUCUUGUUUAUAUUUAAAAUAGUUCUGAGCAAGGAGAAACCGUUAGAGCCCGGUUUGAAACUUCUUCCAAUAUUCUACAGUUUUACUAUAGCGAGUAAUCUGUUCUCUAUCUUCUACAAAGGCUCACAGUGUGAGCGAUUUCAGAGCCAUCAUGGCCCUCUUGUUUACAGUAGGAUGCUGUUAUGCUGUGUUCACUGCGCCAUACUAUCACAUAUUAGAUUGCCAAACCUGGUCAGCUACCCGUCUUGUCUUUCAGCAAAUAACAAAGAUCUCAUUAUAUAUAGAAUAUUUAUUUCUAGGUUACAAAUUAGUAUUAGAUACCUACAUGACAUAUUCCACAUGGUGUAUAAAAGGCCAAUAGGUAAAGGUAAUCUAUGA